AACAUUGCUGCUGAAAGGACGUUCUCUGUUCCUAGCCUUGUGCAUUGUGACGCAGUAUAUUAAACAAGCCCAGCAGACGCACCACUCGUCCCAUUAUUGGACAUGAGCCGGACGGACAUUGAGUAAGGCGUCUACUUGAUGGGACUUCUCGGGUCAAAGAACAGCAAGGAGCAGGACAACCAUGAGCCCGCUCCACGCCCAUACAAAGCCCCCGUGGCCCCUAGCAAUCUGCUCGUCCUCCACAGACUCGGGUCGCAGUUCUUCGAUGCGGACGGCGACCUGGCGCACGAGUUCUACGAACAGGUGUCGUCUUCGGACGGUCGCGUCACGAUGCGACGCGUGACGCACGGCCUGAGGCAGCAGGGGAUGGUGGCCCUCGAGCACCCACGACUGCACCCUGACUGCCCCUGCAUUAUGCUGAUGAUGUGAUGAUUGUUACAAGGACGAGGCGACGUGGCUCUGCUCUCUCCCCUUGUUUUAAAUCUGUUUCCUUUUGCAUGCUAUUUAUUCGUGAUGCCACGCGAGCUGGUUCGUUGGACAUUGACGAUCUGCGAGUGAUCAGUGAAUGCGCGUCUGAACUGCUGCUGGCAGGGCGCUGGCUGGCUUUGCAGGGUUAAUUCUUAGGAAAAUGCUUCAUUUAUUCGGAUGAAUUCAAUAAGCGUUAUUGAGUGGAGUGGAAAAAAAUAUUACCCUUUUUGCGUAGAAGCCCCAAGCAACUAGAUGAAAAAAAAUUAAUACCUCUGAAGGUCCAAGUACGUAAACAAAAUUAUGUGAAUUCACCAGUUGCAUAAACCGUAAGUGUUCGAAGCCGCCAACAGAUGGCGCCACCGUCGACUUUCGAUUUUAAGGCACUUCCGCUGCGAUUUCAGACUCAAUCUAGCUACUGUGCAUUCUUCAAUUAAUUUGCUA